ACGUUUUUUGAAAUCAAUGAAAGAAUUAGUACGCUGAGUGCGAUGUUUUCCGCUCGAGUAUUUUUUGGCGUGUUCAUCGGUCUGUUUUAGUGUAAUUGCUUCUCGUGUGUGUUUGCAGACGCGAUAAAUUCGCUAGCGAUAAAGAUUGUAAAAAACUUUUCCUAAACGAUUUAAUAAAUUUGCCUAUGAUUGUUGAAAACAUAAAAUUUUCAUCGAAUCGGAAAUCGUAGUGCAGAUAACGGAAAUUCGGUCGGGCAAGCGUAUUGUGAAUAAACAAGUGAACAUUGUAAUAUAAAUCUUAAAUCUUGUGCAAGCAGAUGUUGUGAAAUGACUUUCGUAAUAAAUUAAUGUGCAUGUGUAUUGAAAUUGUAAUUACAAAUACAUAGACAAAUACUUCAAGUGAUAGCUUUGAAGUGAAGAAGUGAAAAGAGGAAGCUGACAGUUUUAAAUACACAACUCGCUUUAAUGCGGAAAGAAAAUUGGAUAAUGUCCUCGGCGGCUCAUUGUGGAGACAUCGAUUCUUUAAACUAUGAAGAACUUAACGUCAUCGGCACAGGUGCUUACGGUACCGUAUAUCGAGCACGAGAUAACCAGUCGGGAAAGAUUGUUGCCAUCAAAAAAGUUCGCAUACCUAUAACGGAUAAUGGAGUGCCAAUGUCAACGCUACGCGAAAUCGCCUUGCUGAAACAUUUAAAUGCCUCAGAUCAUCCGAACAUUGUAAAACUAUUUGAGGUGUGUCAAGUUCUUGAGCGCGAAGAUCAGCUGAUGGUCCUUUUAGUUUUUGAACACUUGGAACAAGAUCUUUCAGAUUUGAUCGACAGGCUACCAAAAUCCGGCAUGCCACCAGUAACAAUACAGCGCUUAUCUCGGGAGCUAUUAACGGGAGUAGAUUUUCUACAUUCGCAUCGAAUCAUUCACCGUGACUUAAAACCGCAAAAUUUGCUGAUCUCAUCCCAAGGUCAUUUAAAGAUUGCGGAUUUCGGAUUAGCUAAAACAUACGAUUUCGAAAUGAAACUAACCUCCGUAGUGGUGACACUUUGGUAUCGCGCGCCUGAAGUGCUACUGGCGCAAUCGUACAAUAGUUCAGUUGACAUUUGGAGUGUUGCUUGUAUUAUAGCUGAGAUGUUUGCGCGCAAAGCACUCUUCCCGGGCACAUCAGAAGCCAAUCAACUGGAUCGUGUUUUUGAACUAACCGGGCGUCCCACAGCACAGCAAUGGCCACAAUCAAUAUCACUUUCAAGAGAGCAUUUUCCUUCGCGACUCCCAAAACAACCUAAAGAGCUGUGCCCUAACUUAUGUGAAUAUGCCAAUGAUCUUUUAAGUCAAAUGCUUUCCUUUGACUUCAGGUCACGCCCGUCAGCUUUGGCUUGCUUAGAGCACGAGUACUUCCAACAAGAGCCUAUUUAACAUUCGCUCCCAUUACUAUUCGUACUGAUUCAAUAUAAGAUUUUUGCUAAUUUGUUAAACUUUUCACUAAGCCAUUAUAUAGAAUUUAAUAAUUAGUAUUAUGUUUAUAUUAAUUAUUGUGGUUCGAAGUUUAUUUCCGCCAUACCAAUAAUGCGGAUGCCUACAUAUUUAUAUAUAAUAUUUUUACAUUUACCUAUAUGUUGCAUAAGAAUUUAUGUAUGUAUGUACAUAUAUGUAUUGUAUAUAUUUUGUUUAUAUAAAAAAUUCAGUCUUGUUGAAAAUGUGAUGUGUCAAAACAAAGCAUAAGUUCAUAUUACAAGCACAAGUCUACAUACAUACCUACACACGAGUAUAUAGCUUCAAUUCGUACAUACGGAUAUAUAAACGUACAUAUAUUCGUUUAAUGUGUGAAAUGUGUUUAUGAAAAUUGUUCAAUAUUUAUUAGAUAUUCGGAAAGUCUAAUUAAGAAAUAUUUAAUAGGAGUUAUUUAUUUACUUAUGAGGAAAAUUAGUAUGACAAUGAAACUGUACAGUGCCGAAGAAAGUGUGAGUCAAAAAUUUAUUUCGCCUUAAGAUUUGUUCUAAAUACAUAUAUACCAUAAUAUUCUUGAAAUUAUAAACCAAAGUGUAAAAAACUUUACUUUGUUUGAUUCAUAAUAAAAUGUUUGAGUAAUUCGAA